CAACAAAAAGAAAACUUUUGGGCAGAAAUGUGUGUGAUUAAUGCUGAUAGUGAGUUUUAAUGAUGUCAUAGUAAAUUAAGCGUUUGUUAACACAUUUGUUUCUCCUCUUAAUUAAAUAAUAAUAUAGCACAUGCUGUCCUCAAACAUCAAGGAAUUCGCAAUGUGCUUUGGAGUAUAGUGGAUUGGUUAUGUAGGAUGUAGGAGUCUCGACCACAGCGACAGUGUCAGCGUGUUAUACAGUAGGUGACAGGUACUGGCUGUUAAUCUUUAUUCAACGAAGUACGUAGCAAACAUGUGUUAUGGUCUCCAAAAAAAAAAGGUAGGGGGGGGGGAUAAAUAUCUGCUUCUCAUUGGUCAAAAAAGUAGACAAGGAUUAGAGUGCAGUCAAAGUAUAUUGAAAGAAAGUUAGCAUCAUGCCAAAACGCAAGACCUCGUUUAACUCUGACUGAAAAAAAGACUGUGAAUUUAUGACCAAAAGUAGUUCUGAAUCAUUCCAUAGCUUCUGCACAUUUUGUGGAUGCAAUUUGGACGUAAGUAGUCGAGGUAAAGCUGCAAUUGAGCGGCAAACAAAACAGAUAAACAUAAAAGUAAUAAACGUGCGGCAUGUAACUCUUCAAUGAGGCCUUUUUUUUCAUGAAGUUUCGUCACCACUGGAUGCCAAAAUGACUGCUGCAGAGCUGUGCAAAGUAUACCAACUGAUUUCUAUUUAUUUACUGGAUUGCUGAUAGCCCAGAACUCUGCUUUCCUGCUAAUGUCGUUGACAUUGCAAAGGGUCUAAAUAGGGAGUACCAAUAUGGCAGCAGGUAACUUCACUCCACCCUGUACUACCAACGUGCUAUCAGCAAUGCAGUGAAUAGAUAAAGCUCAGUGGGUGAACCAUCCUGAACCACUUUCAGAAAGCUAUACUUCUUUUUACAAUUUCUAUAGUUUCGUAAAAGGUUUUGCUUUUUUUGUGUAAGUUACCUAUUAAAUUAUUAUUUUUUUUAAUAUUUAAGUCAACACAUGUUAUUCUUUCUGGCAUUCUACACUUUAAGCUUUCAAACUCCAUGGUUCCUCUUUGCACACCACAAUGUAUUGAAUAAAUACAAAUACUGUAAACCAACAAAUUUUGACUUUUUGUUUUUAAUCCUAUUAAUCUACACAAGCAUCCCCUUUAAGCCCCUCAAAAUUGUUCUAUAAAUGAGAGUAUAUUAGAUUGUUAUGUACACCUUAGUAAUUUAUUGAUAUGCCACAUAAUGUCCUCCUUUUUGGUGCUAUAGAAAUGGUCAGCCUAUUUUCACUCUUUGGUGGUUACUGGCUUGAAUAAUUGCCUUAUUUAUUUCCCUCUCGUCCCUGACUGUAUCAGUUUAUUGUUGUAUAUUGCUAUAAUGUAAUAAUCUAUACCAAUGUAUGAGUUGCUCUGGUGUGUAUUAUAUGUGACAUAUCUAAUUUCUUGUCUCAUCGUAGGAGCACCAAAAGGAUGGGUCAGAAGACGCAGCAUAGAUGAACCGCCAUUAGUGUCCGACUUAAGGCUGGUGCUUGUUGGGAGGACCGGUGCCGGAAAAAGCUCCACUGGAAACACUAUUUUAGGAAGGAACGCCUUUAGAGCAGUCACCACACACUCCUCAGAGACCUCUGAAUGCUCCAAACAACGAGAGGAAGUGUUCAACUGGAUGGUUUCAGUCGUUGACACUCCUGGCCUCUUUGACACCUAUCAGCCUGAGGAAACAGUGAAGAGAGAAAUCUCCAAAUGCAUCAACAUGUCGACCCCGGGCCCCCAUGCCAUUCUACUGGUAAUCAAAGUUGGACCAUUGACAGCAGAGGAGAGAGACGCUGUGCUGAAGGUGGAGAACAUCUUUGGAAAAGAAGUCUGGAAGUACACCAUGAUCCUCUUCACUCAUGGGGAUGCGAUUGAGUCUGAAUUUGAUGAGAUGUUAAAGGAUGCUGGACCACAUUUGAAGGAGAUCUUAGAGAAGGCUGGAAAUCGAUACCAUGUGUUCAAUAACCUCAGAGCUAAUGACCGAGGACAAGUUCUUAGUCUGCUAGAGAAGGUUGAGGAGAUGGUGAAUGAUACAGGAGGUCAGUUUUAUUCUAAUGAUACAUAUGAGAAGGCAGUGACAAUGCUGGAUGAGAGGGAGGCUGAACUCAAACGUUUAUAUGAGGAAAAACUUGAGCAGGCAAUAGCAGCUGUAAAGGCAAAAUACGAGCAGCGUUUAAAAGAAGCUAAAGAGGACCAUGAGAAGAUAGAGAGGCGGUUGCAGACUGAACUGGACGAGUUGAAGCGUUACUACCAUGCCUUAGAGAGAGGAGUCCGUCAAGUUAUAGAGCAGCUGCCCAAAGAGGAUGAUCAACUCCUCAAGAGAUUUCCUGAAACUUUGAAACUUAACUGAAUAAGAUGUAAACAUGUUUUUGUUUUUUUCGACACAUUACUAGUGUUUACAACAAUGGAUCAGUAGUUAUACAUUGCUCUCCCUAAUAUUAGAUAUUGCUAUAGCCCUUUACUCUACCCUUUUGCAACUGUGCUGAGAUCUGUCCGAGCACGGUAACCGAGAUAACUGCUAGGU